AAUCGAUUGAUAAUUAUACACGAUUUUGUCUAUUGCGUUAAUGCACAAAUAAUUUCUCCUCAAACUCGUUAUCUCAUUGGUAAGUACUUUUAUCUUCCAAGGUCAUUACAAGCAUGCAAAUAG